AUGACCCUGUUCCCCCUUCCUCCCAUCUCCCAGCCUGUCUCUGCCCCUAAGGUUGAGACUAUGGGUUUCCUGCUUGCUCUCUUGCUGCUGCUCCUGUAUGCAGGCUUGUCCGUUACUGCUCCCUCCUGCUCCAGGAAUGUGAGGAUUGUGGGUGGCAACUUCACUCUCAGCCACGGUUGGACCCCGGGAAGCCUCCUCACCUACAUCUGCCCUCUAGGGAAAUACCCGUAUCCCGUGUCCAGCCAGUUGUGCAACAGCUAUGGGCAGUGGAAGUCCCCGGGCACUUCUGUGGUCACCAGGGUGACAUGCAAACAGAUGCGCUGUCCAGCUCCCGUUGCCUUCGAGAAUGGGGCCUACAGUCCCCGGUUAGGCUCUCACCCUGUGGGUGGCAACGUGAGCUUCGAGUGCGAGGAUGGGUACAUCUUACGGGGCUCUCCUGUGAGGCGCUGCAGGCCCAACGGGAUGUGGGAUGGAGAGACGGCUAUCUGUGACAGUGGAGCUGGACAUUGCCCAAACCCAGGGAUCCCCAUUGGGGCUGUGCGUACCGGGUACCGGUUCAAUGUUGGUGAUCGAGUGAAGUACCGUUGUUCAGAGAAGUUGAUCCUGAUUGGGUCUGAGGAACGAGAAUGCCAGGCAAACAGGGUCUGGAGUGGAACUGAGCCCAUUUGCAGAUCUUCCUACUCCUAUGAUUUCCCUGAAGAUGUGGCCCCAGUCCUAGACACCUCCCUUUCUCAACUCCUUGGUGCCGCCAACCCUCUAAUGCAAAAGUUAGAUAAUUUUGGCCGGCGCAUCCAGAUACAGAGGUCAGGUCACCUGAAUCUCUAUCUGCUCCUUGAUUCCUCCCAGAGUGUCAGUAGGGAAGACUUUGCCAUUUUCAAAGAGAGUGCUCAACUUAUGGUGGAUAGGAUCUUCAGCUUUGGUGUCAAUGUCAGCGUUGGCAUUGUCAUUUUUGCUAAGUCUCCCAAAGUCAUCUUGUCUGUUACUCACAAGGAUUCUCGGGAAGAGAUGGAAAUAGCCCAAAAGUUGGAAGACAUCAAGUAUGGAGAUCCAGACAUUGGAACUGGAACCAACAUCAAGAAAGCCAUGAUGCAAAUCUAUGAAAUGAUGAAUAAUGAAAUGGCCACUUUUGGAGAAAGGCAGAAAGAGUGGGAAAAAAUCCGACAUGUCAUCAUCCUUUUGACAGAUGGAAAGUCCAACAUGGGUGGAUCUCCAAAGGAAGCUGUAACAAAGAUCAAAGAAGUGUUGAACAUAAGGUCAGAGAGGACAGAUUAUCUAGACAUCUAUGCCAUUGGUGUGGGGAAACUGGAUGUAGACUGGAAAGAACUGAAUGAGCUGGGGUCCAAGAAGGAUGGGGAGAGGCAUGCCUUCAUCCUCCCAGACUCCAAAGCCCUCCUCCAGGUCUUUGAGAAUAUGUUAGAUGUCUCCAAGUUUGUGGACACUGUCUGUGGUGUGGGAAAUAUGUCAACCAAUGCUUCAGCCCAAGAGAGGACACCCUGGCACGUCAUCAUCAAGCCCAGCAGCAAAGACACAUGCCGAGGGGCACUCAUCUCUGAUCAAUGGGUCCUGACUGCAGCCCACUGCUUCCAUAAAAAGAAUAACCUCACCCUGUGGAGAGUCACCGUGGGAGAUCCUAAGUCAAAGAGAGGCAGAGAGAUGGAGAUUGAGCAGUGGUUCAUUCCAGAAGAGUUCGAUGUCUAUGCCAAGGUGAAGCAAGGGAUCCCUGAGUUCUAUGGCAGUGACAUUGCCCUGCUGAAGCUGACUGAGAAGGUCAAGAUGUCCAGUCAUGCCAGACCCAUCUGUCUUCCUUGUACUGUGGGGGCCAACCUGGCCCUGCGGCGUUCACCGGCCAGUACCUGUUCUGACCAUGAGAAUAUACUUUUGAAGAAAAAUGAAAUCCCAGCUCACUUUGUCUCACUGGAUGAUGAGAUAAUGGACAUUGUUCUCAAGGAAGAGAAUGAGCGGACAAUCUGCCUCCAGGCUGUCUCCCAAGCCAAACAAUUUUUCUCUAACCUCACGGAUGUGAAACAAGUGGUGACUGACCAAUUUCUGUGUAGUGGCACUGGAAAUGAUGCUUCCCCUUGCAAGGGAGAAUCUGGAGGGGCAGUUUUCCUUCAGAAGAGAUACAGGUAUUUUCAGGUGGGGCUGGUGAGCUGGGGUUUAUACAAUCCAUGUUCCGAAAAGACAACCACCCCAAAUAAGGUGAAUCGCUACCCAUCCUCAGCUGGCACUCUAGCUCGAGAUUUCCACAUCAGCGUCUUUCGACUUCAGCCCUGGUUGAGACAACAUCUGAAAAAUGUCUUACGUUUUCUUCCCCUUGGGCCAGCUUCCUGAAUCCUGACCUUCCUAGUGUCCAGCUACUGAUUAAAGUCUUAAGACCCUGUCCUCUCUAGCAGAGACCUGCCUGGCCUCCAGCUCUAGCUGCCCAUUUGUUUGAGUCUCUUACAUAGCCCUUCUCUAUCUUAUCACACUUCCAUUUCCCCUCUCUCCCAGCUUUGCUCUCUGUUCCAUUCCAUUCCCUACCUCUUCUGGGAUUUCCCCAGUGAUGACAUUAAUAAAUUUUUGCUAUUUCACCAUA